GCGUAUUAAACUUUAAUCACCUUAGUUAGUAUUGUGUCGUCACCCGAAAUUUUAGCAUCUGCUUGGUUUGAGAAGAACAAUAAAUUGUCAUUUACACAAGAAACUAAUAUUGGAAAACAAAGACGAUAUGGUAAUUAAAGGACUCUGAAAUUUCCAGGGUUGCGCAGAACAUUGAAACAAACAAUGCAAGGAAAUGGUGCGUCAAAUCCCUUACACUUGUCUAUCUCUUCUGGUGAUGGUGGUGUGAAUUUGUGCGGUAAACGGUUGGAUCUUUGCUAAUAAUAAUGUUAAUACAAUGACGGAGAAAUUAUAUGAGUACGUAGGUUUCAUCGGGCGUUUGCAUUAUAUCAGAGAUUCCAUACGCGAAAGUUGGCAUUUGUGGAAGGAAAAGCAUCCCGAUGGAUUAAGAGGCUGUUUGAAAAGUUCGCUAUUGAAUUUUUCGGAACAUAAACCGCAGGACGAUGAAUAUGAUAAGACAGAAUACGCGCACUUGCACAGGAGAAAGACUCGCCAGGAAUUAAUUCGCGUAUCCGCUGCGGUUAUGGGGAUUGAAUUUUCGUAUGCAGCCGAAACUGCGUUUGUGUCCCCGACUUUAUUGAAAAUAGGCGUUGAUCAUCAAUAUAUGACGUUUGUGUGGGCACUGUCUCCUCUGGUUGGAUUUUUUCUAACGCCCAUUCUUGGAUCAAUCAGCGACAGGUGCCAAUUAAAGAUUGGACGAAGAAGACCAUUUAUCAUUCUUAUGUCGAUAGGCGUAAUACUGGGUUUACUACUGGUACCCAAUGGUGAAGACCUUGGCUAUAUGGCCGGUGAUAUUCCACCGGCUCAAAAUGCUACGAUAAGGACAGUUAUCUCAUACAGAACCUCUGCUUUAUCUUAUGAACGCAAUGUUACAUUGACCGAAGACGAGGACGAACUGAAGCUGGGGUACCACCCCUGGGGCAUUUUCUUCACUAUAUUGGGAACGGUUUUGUUAGAUUUCGAUGCGGAUGCGUGUCAAAGUCCGGCACGUGCUUAUUUAUUAGACGUUACAAUACUCGAGGAUCACGCGCGAGGAUUAAGCACAUUCACAAUAAUGGCAGGAUUAGGUGGAUUUUUUGGAUACGCUACAGGCGGCAUCAAUUGGGACAUUACCAUGAUAGGAGAACUCCUUGGCGGUCAUGUACGAGCUGUGUUCACGUUAAUCACAAUUGUUUUCAUCAUAUGUGUCAUCUGUACCGUUACGAGCUUUAAAGAAAUUCCCCUACCAUUACUCGAAAUCGUAGGUGCCGCAGAGGACUGUUCAAAGGACGAAUGUACAAGGAUAAUUAAAUCUACGGAUGUAAGCUAUGGAGCCUUAGCUGAAAAAGAAGAUUACCAACAACGGCUUAGUAUGGCACCUCCACCCAACGCGUCUUUGGCAUUAUACUUAAAAAGCAUUAUUUACAUGCCUUUCUCAUUAAGAAUUUUGUGUUUAACAAAUCUCUUCUGCUGGAUGGCACACGUCUGCUAUUCAUUAUAUUUCACAGAUUUUGUGGGUGAAGCUGUAUUUAAUGGAGACCCGACAGGCAUUGAAGGAUCGGAAAGCAGGCAAUUAUACGAGGAAGGUAUUCGAUUUGGUUGUUGGGGAAUGUCAAUGUAUUCGCUAUGUUGUGCUUGCUAUUCGCUUGUAAUUGAAAAAUUUAUAAAGCGGUUUGGAGCGAAAUAUGUGUACGUAGGAGGACUACUGGUUUAUUCCUCAGGAAUGAUAUUGAUGGCAAUUACAAAGCACAAAGUUGGAGUAAUCCUCUUCAGCGGGACGGCGGGUGUAAUGUAUUCCACAUUAUUUACUAUGCCAUAUUUACUGGUUGCGCAUUAUCACGCAAAAAAAACGUUUCAACCAUCUAGCGAUUUGUGCACCAUAAGUGCACCAGACAAACAAGUACGAGGAUUGGGAACUGACGUCGCUAUCGUGUCUAGUAUGGUAUUUUUAGCACAAUUUAUUUUAUCAAUGGGAAUAGGUAGCGUUGUUUCAAUCUCUGGAACGACAACGUCAGUUGUCGUGGCCGCAAGUUUGCUGGCGACCUUUGGAGCGAUUUCCGCGACGCAAGUUAUGUAUUUGGAUCUCUAAUUGACAUCGCCCUACAUUGUACCUCAUUAAAUGUUUUGUCUGUGUCUAAUAAAUGUAAAUAACACCCCUUAAUAAAACAAACAAUAACGGACAAA